AAGGCUAUCCGAUCCACAUUUGUACCCAAAAAAAAAUCCAACCUGUCUCUCUCAAUCGAUAGAUUACAGAGAGCGAAACUAACAGAACAACCCGCCAAAAUGAAAUAUCUAUUGGUACCCCUCUCUCUCUCUCUCUCUGUGUGUUCAUCUGCUCUGAUCUACAAUAAACUGCAUAAACCAAUCUCCAAAACCCUUUUCCAUAAACCAUAGAGAAAGAAAACAUGGCAUGCACUGGAGUGCUGGUUAUUGCUACACCACCAUUACAAUCAACCACAAAAUCUAAGGUAUACACUCCUACUUCUUGCUCUUUGGAUUGCUCUUCAUCAUCAUCUUCAUCUUCAUCUUCAUCUACUGAACCUGAAAUUACCAAGAAAUUUAGAUACAGCAGGGCCUCUCCUUCUGUGAGAUGGCCCCAUCUCAAACUCACCGAUACCCAUCACAAUUCACCUCCUUCCCAAUUCAUUGUCGCCUCUCCUCCGCCGACCCAUGUCGUCGACGAUGUGAAUCUUCUGGUAAAAACCAAAGAUUUCGAGGAAACCCAGAACGGGGAUGUAUUGGAGUCUCUGAAUGCUAAUGAUGAAACCCUAGAGGUUUUGGGUAGGCCUAGCAGGACUAGGGCAAAGAAAAUGACCAAAUUAGCCUUGAAGAGGGCUAAAGAUUGGCGACAGAGGGUUCAAUUUUUAACGGAUAGGAUAUUACAGUUGAAAUCAGAGGAGUUUGUGGCCGAUGUGUUGGAUGAUCGGAUCGUGCAAAUGACUCCCACUGAUUUCUGUUUUGUAGUGAAAUGGGUUGGGCAAUCGAGUUGGCAACGCGCUCUUGAGGUUUACGAGUGGUUGAAUCUUCGGCAUUGGUACUCUCCUAAUGCCCGAAUGCUAGCAACAAUUCUGGCUGUACUAGGCAAGGCCAAUCAAGAAGCCUUAGCUGUGGAAAUUUUUUCUAGGGCAGAGCCUGGGGUGGGUAACACUGUCCAAGUUUACAAUGCAAUGAUGGGUGUCUAUGCUCGGAAUGGUCGGUUCAAUAAGGUUCAGGAAGUGUUUGAUUUAAUGAAGGAGAAAGGGUGCGAACCAGACCUUGUGAGUUUCAAUACUUUGAUAAAUGCACGCCUCAAAUCGGAGUCCAUGGUACCAAACUUGGUGAUUGAGCUUCUAAAUGAAGUGAGAAAGUCAGGUCUUCGACCUGAUAUAAUUACUUACAACACACUUAUAAGUGCUUGUUCCCGCGAGUCCAAUUUGCAGGAAGCGGUAAAGGUUUACAAUGAUAUGGAGGCAUACAAAUGCCAACCUGAUUUGUGGACAUAUAAUGCCAUGAUUUCAGUUUGUGGACGAUGUGGCCGGUCUGGCAGGGCUGAACGGCUUUUUAGGGAAUUGGAGUCAAAAGGGUUUUUCCCAGAUGCAGUAACGUAUAAUUCUCUACUCUAUGCAUUUGCUAGAGAAGGGAAUAUAGAGAAGGUACAGGAAAUCUGUGAAGAUAUGGUGAAAAUGGGGUUUGGAAAGGAUGAGAUGACUUAUAACACGAUCAUCCACAUGCAUGGGAAGAAUGGGCGGCAUGAUUUAGCUUUACAACUUUACAGAGACAUGCAAUCAUCAGGCCGAAGUCCUGAUGUGGUCACAUAUACCGUUCUUAUUGAUUCACUCGGGAAAGCAAAUAUGAUGGAAGAGGCUGCUGAUGUGAUGACAAAGAUGCUUAAUGCAGGUGUUAAACCCUCUUUGCGGACUUACAGUGCAUUAAUUUGUGGGUAUGCAAAGGCUGGAAAGCGAGUGCAAGCUGAAGAGACGUUUAAUUGCAUGCUGAGGUCUGGGAUUAAACCAGAUCAUUUAGCAUAUUCAGUUAUGCUGGAUGUCCAAUUGAGGUCUAAUGAGACCAAGAAGGCAAUGGCCUUUUAUCGUGAAAUGGUCCGUAAUGGUUUCACUCCAGAUCAAUCCCUUUAUGAGGUUUUGCUUCAUGCACUCGGAAAAGAGAACAAAGAGGAAGAUAUUCAAAAAGUGGUCAAGGAUAUGGAAGAAUCGUGUCGUUUGGAUCCACAAAUCAUUUCAUUUAUUCUUGUCAAGGGGGAAUGCUAUGAUUAUGCAGCUAAAUUGUUGAAACAGGCUAUCAUGCAGGGUUAUGAUUUGGACCAUGAGAACUUAUUGACUAUUUUGAGUUCAUAUAGUUCAUCAGGAAGAUACUUAGAAGCACUGCAAUUGCUAGAUUCUGUGAGAGAGCAUGCACCAAGAUCCCAUCAAUUGAUAACCGAAGCUGCGAUUGUUAUUCAUUGUAAGGCUCAUCAAUUGGAUGCUGCCUUGGAUGAAUACAGUAAAACUAGGGGGUUAAGUAAAUUUCAUGGGAGUCCGUCCAUGUACGAGUCCCUUAUUAAAUGCUGUGAAGAGACUGAACUGUUUGCCGAAGCUUCUCAGGUGUUCUCCGACAUGACAUUUAAUGGAGUAGAACCUUCUCAGAAUGUCUGUGAAAGUAUGGUGCUUAUGUAUUGUAAAAUGGGCUUCCCCGAGACGGCUCAUCAUUUGGUUGAUCAGACGGAAGCAGAGGGCAGUCUAUUUGAUGAUAUCUCCAUUUAUGUUUCGCUUAUUGAGGCUUAUGGCAAGUUGAAGCUACUUCAGAAAGCUGAGAGUUUGGUGGGGAUUCUUAGACAGAGAUUCAGUACAGUGGAUCGUAAGGCUUGGAAUGCACUAAUACAGGCUUAUGCUGCAAGUGGUUGCUAUGAGAAGGCAAGAGCUGCUUUUAAUACAAUGAUGAGAGACGGUCCUUCCCCAACUUUGGAUACCAUUAACGGUCUCAUGCAAGCUUUGAUUGUUGACGAGAGAUUAAAUGAGCUCUACGUGGUAAUUCAGGAGUUGCAAGAUAUGGGUUUUAAGAUUAGUAAGAGUUCCAUUCUUUUGAUGCUCGAUGCAUUUGCCCGGGCUGGGAACAUAUUUGAGGUGAAGAAAAUAUAUCACGGAAUGAAGGCUGCAGGUUACUUGCCUUCCAUGCAUCUCUAUAGAGUUAUGAUUGAACUAUUUUCGAAGGGGAAACGAGUAAGGGAUGUUGAGGCCAUGGUUUCUGAGAUGGAUGAAGUGGGAUUCAGGCCUGAUCUUUCGAUAUGGAACUCCAUACUGAAAUUAUAUACAGAAAUCAAGGAUUUUAGAAAGACAGUGAGAGUAUACCAGCAGAUUCAAGAAGCUGGGCUUCAACCAGAUGAGGAGACUUACAAUUCUUUAAUAUUGAUGUAUUGUAGGGAUUGCAGACCAGUGGAAGGUUUGCAGCUGAUGCAUAAAAUGAAAAGUCUAGGUUUGAACCCUAAGCUGAACACAUACAAAAGCCUGAUUGCCGCAUUUGGCAAGCAACAAAUGGUGGAACAAGCUGAAGAAGUGUUUGAAGGACUGCGAUUGGAAGGAUAUAAACUUGAUCGCUCUUUUUAUCAUAUAAUGAUGAAAAUAUUUAGAAGCUCUGGAGAUCAUUCUAAAGCUGAAAAGCUACUAAUCGUGAUGAAAGAAGCAGGAGUGGAACCCACCAUUGCUACAAUGCAUAUGCUGAUGAUCUCGUAUGGCAGCUCAGGGCAACCCAUUGAAGCGGAGAAAGUGCUUAAUAAUUUGAAAUUAACAGGUGCAAAUCUUACAUUACCUUAUAGUUCAGUCAUUGACGCUUAUCUCAAGAACGGAGAUUAUAACAUUGGAAUUCAAAAGCUCCAAGAGAUGAAGGAAGAACAUCUAGAGCCAGACCACAUGAUAUGGACUCAGUUUAUUAGGGCUGCAAGUUUAUCUCGGAGCACAAAUGAAGCCAUAAUUUUGUUAAAUGCUAUAGGAGACGCUGGUUUUGAUCUUCCCCUCAGGCUUCUGACACAGAAAUCUGAGUCAAUAGUCUUGGAAGUAGAUCAGUAUCUUGAGAAACUGGAACCUAUAGAAGAUAAUGCAGCUUUUAAUUUUGUUAAUGCUUUGGAAGAUCUAUUGUGGGCAUUUGAACUCCGGGCCACUGCUUCAUGGGUUUUUCAACUGGCAAUAAAGAGAAGCAUUUAUCAGCAUGAUGUGUUCAGGGUAGCUGACAAGGACUGGGGGGCUGAUUUCAGAAAGUUGUCUGCUGGUGCAGCUCUUGUUGGUCUUACUUUAUGGCUUGACCACAUGCAAGACGCAUCGCUGGAGGGUUUCCCGGAGUCUCCCAAAUCUGUUGUACUGAUUACCGGGACCUCAGACUACAACAACGUUUCCUUGAACAGCACAUUGAAGGCCUACCUUUGGGAAAUGGGUUCCCCGUUUCUGCCCUGUAAAACAAGGAGUGGGCUCCUUGUUGCAAAAGCACACUCCCUUCGAAUGUGGUUGAAGGACUCACCAUUUUGCUUGGACCUUGAGUUGAAAAACAGCCCCAAUCUCCCAGAGGUAAACUCAAUGCAGCUCGUUGAAGGAUGUUAUAUUAGACGUGGCCUUGUUCCUGCUUUCAAGGACAUAAAUGAGAAGCUCGGGCAAGUGAGGCCAAAGAAAUUUGCAAGGCUGGCUUUGCUUCCAGAUGUGAAAAGAAACAAAGCUAUUCAAGCUGAUAUAGAUGGGAGGCAAGAGAAGUUGGCGAAGUUAAAAAAUAUUGGAGUCUCGAGGAUGAAGAAGACCAAGAAGUUCGGAAAGAAAAAAUUUGUUAGGAGGAGCAUGAUUUCAGAAAGAAAGAACUGAGGUGCCUCAUGAAUUAUAAGUGCUCGAUGUUUUGGUUCUAGUGCACGUUGAAGAGGAUCAGCACGUAGAUGCUUGAUGAAGAGUUUCUAAUCAAGCAUAUUCACACCUCCCUCAAAUCCCAUCUGGAAGGAUCAUAUUUACACUCCUCUUUUGUUGGCCUGACUUCGCGGUUUGGGGUGCCAGAGACACGGCUAUUGUAGACUUGGUUGUUGAUAUUGCAGGAGCAAUAUGCCCAUUACUUUCAUGGAUAUUCACCACCCAACUAAUUAGGUGUUUUUGGACAUCACAGAAACUCCAUUGCCUAAAAAUUUUGACGGGUAUGUAGCCGGAGAGGGACCAGUUUCUGCGGCUGAGUAGUUUGACAUGAGUUGCUCUGCGCUGAAUGCUACAAUAAUCUCUGGAAAUUGCCUGCCUUGUGAAGUAAAAUUCUAAAUGAGGCCUUAAACAAGGCGUCUUGGCCACCUGGAGUUUUGAUGGUAUUCUUCAAGCCACUGUGCUGUGGCUUUCAGACAUGGUAUUUGUGAUAAAUUACAAGACUGCUUACUAGGAUUUUAAAUAUCGGCCGACACAUCACUGUAUCGGCGAUACUAAUAUGUAUCUGGAUACUAUUAUUAAAAAUUAUGCCCCAACCUUGCUUCUAAUACAGUAAGCAAUAAUCCCCACCCCCCUCUCCAGAAAUGAGUUAGUAGAAUCAUUUGAUUGUUGUUGUGUUGUAAAAUUGUAAAAUUGUAAAAUUGUUGACGAUAGGCUCUUCUAGAUACUAAUGUGACCCAGUGAAAGAUUUGUAUGGACUGUUAGUCCAGAAGAAUUUAGUGAAUGCCCAUGUAGGGGGUACCAAGCAAAAGAAAAUAAAAGCAUGUGUAGAGCCAAAUACAGAAGCACACAGCACAGCCAAACAAUAAGACCCUUUGUAGCCAAACUGGUGGCUGAGAAGUAGGCAUAUAUGAGUUAAUUGUAUUUCAUUGUGUUUGGAAUUUAAAUGUAAUUUCAGAUGAAAAGGAAAAAGCUUUGCAUCUCUGCUGCUUCUUUUGUUCAUUAGUAUUGGGUUUAUUCAAGUGAAUCCUGUUGUUA